UUGUUUAUGAACUACUCUACUUUCACCGGCGCACUUCAGGGUUGCGUCUAAGUCGCUCUGGCUGCUACCGUUUCCAUGUAGGCCACAGGCACCAACUGCAUCCGUAUGCAGGGCGCUCUUAAGCAGAGAGCGGACCGCGAACCCGACGGGGGAGCACUAAAAAGAUAAUUGGUGGGACCGUGCGCAACGACGCGAGCGGAGCACGUCGAGCGGCGGCCGACGCUGCGUCCGGGCAAGCAAAAUAAGGCGGGACGGGGCGCGCGAUCAUCCGCAUUCCAGAAACGCCGCCCCUGCUUCCAAAUCAAAACCCACCCUCCGAGAAAGCACCGCAAUGUCGAGCGUCAGCGAAAACUUCCCGCUGUGGCCACAUUCCCUUCCGCUCGCCGGCUGCUGCCAGAUACCGCAGAAACGAAAUAGUGUUUACCUUCUGCCCAGCUUUCUCCUCCGAGGAAUUUUCGUCAUGUCGUCCCCGCAGACAACAACGUUGGAUGACACCCUGUCGAAGUCGGGCGCCUGCGGGUAUAUAAGGUUUGGCAUAGGACGUCCCACCGCACUUGGCCUUCGCUGUAGCCUUGGGAAGCUCUCCGCCGAAUCCUCUUGCCGACAUGAAGAUCUCGCUGUGCUUGGUGACGCUGUUGGCGUUGGUGGCGAUGGCAAUGGCGCAAUUCCACCAGCAAGCCGGCCGCAUCCUGGAGCCACCAGUUCCAACGCUCUGCGCCCAAAGCCGUCAGAGGUACAUCUGGACGAGCGGCCGCUUGUGCGACUUCAAGGGCUGCGAGCGAGCAGAUCUGCAGCCUCGCAACGUCAACGGCUGGUUCUGGACAGCCGAGCUCACCAAGCUCCCGCCCACCACCGACCGUCGCCAGAAUGAUUGGAGCCCGUCCGGCGGAUUUAACAAACCUCAACCUGACAAUCGUGAAUUUCUACAAGGAGGUGCUUCCGAAAACUGUCUUGCUAUCCUCAACAACUUCUAUAAUGAUGGUGUACACUGGCAUGAUGUGGCUUGUCACCACCGCAAACCAUGGGUUUGCGAAGAAAAUCUUGCAGAAUUGAGUGGAGGUGCUGGAACUGGCAGAACAGUUAGCAAGCCGAAAGAAGGCAUAGAAACAGGUUCAUGGUGUGGUGCUUGUUGUUCUUCUUCCACCUGUGGGUUAAAUUUCUGUGAAAGAGAAGAAGAACAAGAAGAAGAAGAAGAAGAACAAGAACAAGAACAAGAACAAGAACAACAACAACAACAACAACUACAAAAAGAAGAAGAACAACAAGAACAACAACAACAAGAACAAGAAGAAGAACAACAAGAAGAAGAAAAUCGGGUUAAGUAG